AAGUACCCCUACUCAAAUUCCAAGUCAAUUGCAGAUAACAUAACCAUUUAUACACCCCAUAAUGUUUUUAACCAGAAGUGAAUACGAUCGAGGAGUCUCUACAUUCUCCCCAGAAGGUCGAUUAUUCCAAGUGGAAUACUCGCUUGAAGCCAUUAAAUUAGGAUCCACCGCCAUUGGGAUUUCCACUUCACAAGGGGUUAUUCUCGGUGUAGAAAAGCGUGUCACAUCUUCGUUAUUGGAAGCUUCGUCCAUUGAAAAGAUCAUUGAGAUUGAUCACCAUAUUGGUUGUGCCAUGUCUGGUCUUACUGCCGACGCCAGAUCUAUGAUUGACCAUGCCAGAGUGCUGAGUUUGACCCACAAUUUAUACUACGAUGAAGAUAUCAGGGUAGAGAGUUUGACCCAAAGUGUAUGUGAUUUGGCAUUGAGAUUCGGGGAAGGUGCUGAGGGGGAAAAGAGAUUGAUGUCUCGUCCGUUUGGUGUGGCGCUCUUGAUUGCUGGUGUGGAUAAACAUAAAGGUCCGCAAUUGUACCAUGCUGAACCUUCUGGGACAUUUUAUAGAUAUGAUGCCAAGGCCAUUGGAUCAGGUUCUGAGGGAGCUCAAGCAGAAUUGAACAACGAAUAUCACAAGAGUUUAACUUUGGAAGAAGCGGAAUUAUUGGCAUUAAAGAUUUUAAAACAAGUUAUGGAAGAAAAGUUGGAUUGCAAGAAUGCCCAAUUGGCCAGCGUCACUGCUGAAGGUGGAUUCCAAAUUUAUAGUGAAGAGAAGACUGAUGCUAUUAUUAAAACUUUGAACGAACAAGCUACUGACGAAGAUACUGUUAUUAGUUAGAAAAAAAAAAAGUUUAUAUAUAUUGUUACAGUAAUAAAUUAGAAGAUUACUAUUCAGGAAAACAUUGUUCUAGUCUAUCACUCAAUGCAAGUAGUCCUCCGUUCUCACUCACUCCGUACUUUCGUAUUUUAUCAAGGAAACUUGCAAGAUAUUCUGAAAAUCGUCCAUGUUGUUCCAUCAAGGAAUUAUUUAAAUUGGCAAAUCUUCGAUCAAUCAGAUUUGGAUCCAUAACCUUAUCCUUAAACCUCUCGGGAAACUUUUCGGAAUAUACUUCAUGUAAAUUCCGAUCACUCACAAUUAAAAUCUUCUUGUAUAAUACAAUAUAAUGGUUGAAUUGCAUCAUGAAGUCCAAAAUUCUCUUCAAUUCAUAAAGCAAUUCAUAUUUCGUAAGUAAUGACUCAGUAAUUACCGUAUUCAAAUAUUCUCGAAGUUGAAGAACUAAAUUAUCCACACUUAAUAAUUCGUGAGCUUUUCUACCAUUUCGUUUAUUGGCGGUCCCUGGUCGUUGUAAUGCAUCCAAAAUUCGAUUUUCAAAAAUUGAAUUACUAUUGCCGGUUCCUUGUAACACUGUGUUGUUAUUAAACAAUUGUCCUUCUUGUUCUUGCCCUAUAUCUGAUCCUAAUUCCGUUUCUGCAAGUUCAACCUCGGUAUCUUGCAAUAAUGUUCUUAUUUCAGCGUAAUGCAGUUCAAUAACAUCAUAAUUGAUAUAACUUUGCAAUUCAUCCAUGAAUAAUCUCACACGCGAAUGUAACAGUCGAAUUCUUAAAAUCCAUUUAAGGAUUCUUGGUUCAAAAUUAGGGUAUCGCCAUACAUCAGAUUGGUUUAUUUCUUUAGCAAUGAUAUCAUUAUAUCUACUAAUGAAUUUCAAAUUCAUUAACAAUUUAAAAAUGAUUUCAUAAUGAUAGGAUAAUUCACGAUUAAUAACAAGAUUCAAGGGGAAUGGCAAGUCUAUGGAAAGGUGAACACUAGCAAUUGCGAUGUUGUCAUCAGGAUCCUUGGUUUGUUUCAGAGGCAGGAAUCUUCUUCCACCUCCUCCAGCAGUAGUAUC